AGCUCUAGUGCUCUUCCGGACCCCACGUGCGACUCAUGCUCAUUUGAUCGUAUACUAGUCACACUUUAUGCUCACGUUUCCUGAUUGUUCCCGUCUGAUUACCGAAUAACAGCUUUGCCGAGAGAUCUACGGCAGUUUUACGAGCAUACGAACUUCAGGGAUACUUGCGUGUUUUGAUCGCAAGAUGACAGUGUGGUGAUUUAAAAGUGGAACGGAAACUUGCCGCUGCUUAUUCUUUUUCCUAUCUCUCUCUCUCACUCUCUCCUUUAUGUGUUUGUGUGUAGCUAUUGUUCCGUAGAGCGUCUGCUUCAUUUACCUGGAUUGACAUGGUCCAGCCGAAGUGGAAUUGCGUAAACAAUGUUUGUGUGUGGAUCGUAGCUCUCGCCUGCUUUGGCCUUCAUGCUGUUGCCUUGCCAGACACGAUAUACGUUGGUGCUAUUGUGGAAGGUGACGAGGACCGCGAACAAGAGCUGGCCUUCCGUUACGCUAUCGACCGCAUUAACAAAAACAACGCCAUUCUUCCUUCGUCCAGAUUGCAGCUCCUCACUGAGCGGCUUUCUUCCGACGAUCUCUUCCAUGCUUCUAAGACAGUGUGCCACCUCGUGGAGAAGGGAGUUCGUGCAAUGUUCGGCUUCCAGUCUCCUGGCUUCAGUGGCCUGAUUGAAGGGGCAUGCGGUUCUUUUAACAUCCCAUUCCUAAGGACGCGUUGGAGUGGAAUCGAAGAGAGCCCACUUAGGCCUCGAUCGUACACGCUGACUUUCUACCCUCAUCCCGAGGACAUCAGCAAGGCUUACCUAGACCUUGCGCAGCUGCUGGAGUGGCAGUCGUUCACUAUUAUCUACAGCAGUGAUACAAGAUUUGUUUACCACAAGGACGUAUUGAAGUACUCACUUCAUCCUCCAGCCAAAGCUAAUCUCAUCCUAUGCUGUGAACAGGAAAACAGUCUCGAGAAUGUUUUCAAGCUGCUACGUGGAAAGCGCGAACAGCGGAUUAUUCUCAAUCUACCGCACGAAGACCUCAGCGCAUUCUUUUCGAAGGCUGCUGAAGAGUCAAUGGCAACGGAGCACCAUGAAUACAUCGUUACAACGCUGGACGUUCAUACCCUCAACACAACAGCAUGGCGGGGACUCGCAGCUGCUGUGUACGGGCUCCGCAUUCUAGAUCCGCAGCAGCCUGAAGUUCGUAUCGCGAUUCGAGACUGGAAUUUUGGCGAACUUUUGUUCGGCAAGCGCGUCGAUAGAACAACCAUUAAGACGGAAACCGCGUUAAUAUAUGACGCCGUGGCCCUGCUUGCAAGAUCGCUGCACGACCUCGACGGCUCUCAGACGAUCUAUGCAAUGAACUUGUCUUGCUCGAAACCGGGGAUGCCCAACGUCUGGCCUCACGGACAUUCGCUGGUGAACUACAUGAAGAUGGUGCAGCUGAAAGGACUUACGCGAAAUAUUCGCUUGGACGAAAAUGGGGAUCGGAGAAACUUUUUGCUGGACGUUCUGCAGUUUCAUGACGGAGAGUUUAUCAAGGCUGGGAGUUGGACGUCCUCGCAGGGUUUAAUAAUUGGGAACAAGAGUGAUGACUGGAGUUCUCCUCGUCCGCACUUUCGUCGCCGGCGGCUCGUCCGUGUCACCACCAUCGUCAAUCUCCCGUACGUGACACUUGAAAAGCAGAUUCGUCUCAACAACAGCAGUUCUUCCCAUCAGUUCGGCGGAUUUACAAUGGAACUCCUCGACAUUCUUGCCCAGUCAAUCGGGUUUGACUACCAAGUUCAUGUGCCCAAGGACAACCAGUACGGCAGCAUGACAAAACAAGGUACCUGGACGGGCAUGGUACGAGAAGUUUAUGAAAGGGAAGCUGACCUAGCGGUGGGAGACCUCAGCGUUACACUGGAACGCAUGGAAUACGUGGAGUUUACAGCGCCGUUCCUAAAGAACAGUCAAGGGUUGCUCUAUAAGAAUGUGCUCUGCGAGAGUGAGAACCUGCCGUACUUUCUCCAGCCGUUGUCCGUAGAGGUGUGGUUCUACAGCCUGACGGCAGUGUUGGGGGUGAGCUUGUUGCUGUCACUUUUGGCGAGAUUGAGCUGCGAAGAGUGGGUGCUGCCAUCAUCGCGUUGUCCGAGAUGGGACGCAGCUGGAGGUGACGGCUCAAAGAGGAUUCGCAAUCGUUUCACCCUCUUAAACAGUUUCUGGUUUGUGCUGGCGUCCCUCAUGCAACAAGGCACCGAUGUCUUACCUAGAGCCAUCGCCACUCGUGUGGUGGCUGUCGUGUGGUGGCUGUUCGCCAUCGUCCUCCUGUCAUCCUACACUGCCAGCAUGGCGUCGCUGCUCGUCGCUGAGAAAUUGCAGCUGCCAGCCAUUCAGAGUUUUCAAGACCUCGCUAAGCAGUCUCGAAUCACAUGUGGCUGUGUCAUCGAUGGACCGGCGAGAAGUCUUUUAAAGGGGUCAGCUGACCCUCACCUACGAAAGCUAUGGUCGAUGAUCGAAAUGGCGAGUCCGUCGGUGUUCGCCAGAUCUCUGCACGAGGGCAUCGAAAGAGUCAAGAAAGAACCUCAUUACGCUCUCAUCAUGGAUACCCAGACGAUAGACUACUUGGUGCGGAGGGAUUGCUGCCUUAAGCAGCUUCAAGGGACCCUGGAGUCCGGAGGCUUUGCGUUCGCCACGCACAAGGGUUCACCACUAGCCCGAGCCAUUACGAGCGAGAUUCUCAAGUUGGAACAACGUGGGACUCUACGCCUCUUACGGGAACGUUGGUGGAACCCGUCCGGGAAGAGCAGUCCUGGUUCGAUUUCAUUUCCAGAUGGUUCAACAGCCGACGCUAGGACCAGUCGGGAAUCUAGUCCCCUCUCAGCAUCUCAGCUUCGACCCCUCUUGCUCCUCCUCAUGACGGGGUGCGUCCUGUCUUUCAUCGUUCUCCUCGUCGAGUGCCUUUGGGAAGGCAGGUGCUCAACACGGAAAGAACAGGGGAAGAUUUGGAAGCACGUCCGACGAGGUAUAAGAACAUCAGAAUCUGUGCAGGAUUCCACGCUCAUUGUUCUCGAACCUCCGAAGGAAUUCCGUGAUGCGGACGAAGCCGCAAUGACGUCAUGCACCAACUACAGUGCGGAGUGCACGUUCUCCGGUGCUCGAUAGGAUCAAUAAACUUUAGAACCAAGCGUACGACGAAGGGCAAUGAAAGUUUUGGGUGCCACUCCACGCCACGAGAAGAGAGAAGGAAAACGUGACGGAACAGUGGGCAGUGUCACUGUGUUUUUCCAACGCAGAAUAACCUCAUUUGCAUCAGGAAAGACUACAGCUGUCGCCUGUGCGGAAUCACAUGGUGAUGUAUCAUCAUUACAUGAUUACAGUCAUGAUUACAGCAGAAGUACCUGCUACCAAUGCUACGAGCAACACUGACGUUUUCUUUGACUGUGUGGGAUGCUUGAGUGUGCGCAGAUGGAUUGAAUUGUGUUGUUCCGCAGCUGAAGAUAUGGCAAAGAAAUAAGGUCUGCUUUGUUUACAAGAGUUCAAAACCACUUAUGUGCCCUUCUGUGGCCGUUAGUAUGUUAUUACGUUAGUGCGGCCUAUGCAUAAUGGAGCUUGCAUGUUUCGCAAUAUUUACUGACUAUCUAAUUGUGAAACUGGUAUAUAAAAAAAAGAACAUUCCGUUUAGAAGGCAAGCGGUGAAAUGAAAUAUAGUACAAAGUAUGAAGCACCUCGAAGAAAACUUUAAGUUUAAUAUGCAAGCUUUCGCGUAGUGCCUACGCUUGCUCGUGCACGCUUGUUCAGGUAUAAGAAGCGUAGGCUCUACGCGAAAGCAUGUAUAUGAAAGUUUUCCUCAAGGUGCUAUAACAACCUGGCAUGUCCUGCAAACAACCAGCCAGAGCAUGAUAUUGGACAGCUCAGAGUGUUGUUCUAAUUCACGUCCAUUGUGUUCAUACAACAAUACUUUUGCACCUUGGCAAAGUAAAAGCGCACUCUCAUACAAUAGUGAAAGCGCUUCAUGUUGCGUUCCAUGGCGUACACGCGAACGUUAACUAACCAUCGCUGGUUAGGGUAACGAGUAUGGUAAUCCAAUUAACAUGUCGUUACUUUGCGCACGCGCAUUGGUGCCUAUUGUGCCGAUUUACUGCGCGUCAGUAAAUCAGACCUGCUAAGUUCUAUCGAAAGCUCCUGAGCUGAAGACUUGUCAAGUUCACAAAACUGCACGUGGUAUACAACCUGGUAAAUUGCCUCGGAAGCGAUGGCGGUAGGGCAAGGGUGAAGUCUGGGUGGAAAUUCUGGUGUUGCCCGCUAAAAAUGUUGAUCCAUCGAUGCAUUGCACAGGUUACAUGACUGCGAGACAUGCAUGCGACCACCGACCGCGAAUUCAUGCUUGUGCAAUCUCUAUCCGAUCAGAUAUGGUGCUUGCGUUUGUUUGUCUGCUUACACUUCAUGCUAUGGUUCAAGUGUCGGUCACGGGCAAUGCGGGAUUGGUUUCCUGAGCUAUUAUGAAGAAUCGUAAAUGUACUUGCUGUCCUAAGCUCCUAUUUGUCUUGAUCUACGAUCAGUAGACUAGGAACCGUGCUGAAUACCACAGCUAUUUUUAGGUCACUGCACGUGACAUGGGAUACACUCAUGCUCGUGCAUGCGGUCCUUACUUGAGACAUCUCACACAAUAUAUUAGGGUCUUAUCGGAAAUGCACACUGCCGUCCCAAGAGAUCGUUGGAUUAGUACUCACAGUUGAAUAUUUCUGUCAGUAGUGUGUCAAGCGCACGACUUUGGCUCCUGCAAUGGCUAUUGCAUUAGCCUUUGCAACGGAGGUACAUACGUGUUUAUUAAUGUUUAAAGCGACAGUCCGAAACCACAUUAAAGCUAAAUGCCACGCUUCCUUAUGAUGUUCAAAUUUACAUGGCGAAAUAUUUCAAUUAAAACCGCGGCUAAUUAUUUAUAGUCAAAAUUCAUAGCGAGGGCUUUCGCUGGCGCGGCUUGACUGUCAGUGGGUUUCGGUUUUUGAUUCUGCCAAGCGGUCAAACGACUCAUUCGAGAUUUAACCUACUGUAUCAUAUCUCAAGAGGCCAGUUUCAGUAGCUCAUGUUUUUGUCACAGUAAAACCGGAACCAGAUGUAAAAAUGCCGUUCAUUUUUGUAAUUUAUCCCUGAAACUACAGGACGCUUUGGGGGAUGAAGUUUUUCAUGUGGCAUCAACACAUAUACCUCAGAGUCGAACAUAUUCUCAAAAUCAUACCAUGGCCCUAGACUGUCCCUUUAAACGUGCCUUUUGUGAUUUUCAAUGUUUGUGGAUUUCCACUUACAACAGUGCCUUUAAUUACUGGUGUCACAAUUGUUGCCCAGUAGUCGCUGUUACAAAUAAAGUCGCACGUACAAAUAUGUCUUUCU